AUGGCUGCCCACUUCUCUUCAAUCAUCGAUGUUGUGUCGUCGAAAGAUGAGCCUAUUGCCACCCCUCUUGCUGCCCCUCAGAGAUCAGUUACCCGAACGUACCAUUCCGUCCAACAACCCAAUGCCAUUGAGCUCGAUUCCAUAAAAUGGGCACCAAAUAUCAAUAGACCGCCUGCUUCGGGGACUACAACACCUGGAGUAGAAUCUGUGUCCGGAUGGUCAACUCCUGGCUGGCAAUCUUCGGUAACGCCAAGUGCCCUGGAAAUCAGUCGACCACAAACCCCAGACAACGAGCCAGAACAUAUCAUUCAAAGCUUCUCCAAUCCUCCCAAAAAUAGGUUCAGAAUGACAUCGACCUGUUUGUUGAAUUUUGGCAACGGUUUGAGUGAUGCUGCAGCUGGUCCACUCAUUCCGAAAAUGAUCGUGGCCUAUGCUAUUCAAGAACGACUAGUAUCUCUCAUAUUCAUAACCCAAGCAAUAGGUUAUAUUUCAGCGGCCUUUUGCAUCGAUGCUAUUAGAGCUCGAAUGGGAAGAGCCAAAUCCAUCAUGCUUGCCGAAGCUAUCAUGAGUAUCGGUUAUGUGAUGAUCGUUACCAAUCCUCCGUUCCCUGUGGUCGUCGUGGCAUUCUUAUUCAUCGGAUUCGGCAUGGCAAUCAAUUUGUCUUUAUCAAAUGUUUUUGCUGCGAACCUCGAUAAUGGUACUAGAAUGUUAGGAUUCAUGCAUGGUGCUUACGGAAUCGGAGGUAUUAUUGCUCCAUUGUCAGCUACCGCGCUCGUCUCAGCUGGCGUUUUAUGGAGUCAUUACUAUUUCAUUCCGCUAGGAAUGACUCUCGCGAAUCUCGCCUUUGCCGGAUGGGCGUUCUGGGAUUACGAAGAUCCAAAUGAAGUCGCCCUGCUCAAUCGAACGCCCUCAGGAAACAAACCGAAAUUCAGCGCAAAGAAGGAGUUGAUAGAAAUGUUAAAAGCUGCCAAGUUGAGAGCUGUCUUGAUUGGAGCUAUUUUCAUCUUCUCGUACCAAGGUGCAGAAGUUUCUAUCUCCGGAUGGGUCGUCUACUUCCUUCAACAAGUUAGAGGCGCCAAUACCGACGCUGGUUAUGUUACUGCUGGAUUUUGGGGAGGUAUUACCCUCGGUCGUUUCUUCCUAUCCCCCAUCGGACACAAGAUUGGCGAGAGGAAGUUUGUUGUUAUCGUUGUGGUUUUGUCGGCUAUUUUUGAAGGGCUUGUUUGGAGUGUUCCGAAUAUCAUUGGAGACGCUGUGGCGGUUUCUAUCGUCGGUCUCCUUCUAGGGCCCGUCUAUCCAUGUGCCGCUUACAUCUUCACUCGCAUUAUUCCUCGCCAAUACCAAGUUAGUGGAAUGAGUGUCAUCAGUGCUCUUGGUAGUUCUGGCGGUGCCAUUGCUCCUUUCACUACCGGAGUGUUGGCCCAGGCGGUGGGCAAUUUCGUCUUGCAUCCUAUUGCUUUGGGCCUCUUCGUGGUCAUGAUGAUUUGCUGGUUCUCAUUGCCGACGGUGCAGAAGAAGGAAGAGUAG